UAAAACAGAAAACACAAGAAUAUCUGUAAGACUGGGUAGAUGGACUAAAGAGAAAAGGGGGAAACACACAACAGUCUUCCCAUGAAAAGCAAGUACGCUGACUUCUGUGAUAGUAUUCUUGAAAAGAAACGGAAGUGAGUUAGCUCUUUUAUCUCUAUCUACAUAAGAAUGAGUGUCCAAGUAAACAAAUACCUUCAACUAAGAAAAUACUGUAUAUUUAUGACUCUCUCAAUCAAAUCCACUGUAUCUUCUAUAUUCAAAGCUGGAAGCAUCUCUCUUAUGUGGGGAUAAGGGUUAUUUUAGGGAUUCUGUUUAAGAUGUUCUCAUCUAGGGCAGGGCAAAGAGGGUCAUCAUCUCUGCUCCUUCUGCUGACGCUCCCAUGUUCAUGAUGGGUGUGAACCAUGAGAAGUAUGACAACUCCCUCAAGAUUGUCAGCAAUGCCUCCUGUACCACCAACUACUUGGCUUCUUUGGCCAAGGUCAUCCAUGACAACUUCGGCAUCGUGGAGGGACUCAUGACCACCAUCCAUGCCACCACCACCCAGAAGACCAUGGAGAGCCCCUCUGGGAAGCUGUGGCGUGACAGCCAAGGGGCUGCCCAGAACAUCAUCCCUGCUUCCACUGGUGCGGCCAAGGCUGUAGGCAAGGUCAUCCCUGAGGUGAAUGGAAAGCUCACCGGCAUGGCCUUCCACAUCCCCACGCCCAACAUGUUGGUCGUGGAUCUGACCUGCCGCCUGGAGAAAGGUGCCAAAUACGAUGACAUCAAGAAGGUAUUGAAGCAGGCAUCAGAGGCCCCCCUCAAGGGCAUCCUGGGGUACACUGAGGACCAGUUUGUCUCCUGCGACUUUAACAGUGACACCCAUUCUUCCACCUUCGAUGCAGGGGCUGGCAUUGCUCUCAACGACCACUUUGUCAAGCUCAUUUCCUGGUAUGACAAUGAAUUUGGCUAG